AUGUUCGAAAUGAUCCCGAACAUGGCCGAAACCACAGCCACGACAGCUCCCUGGACACCAACAAGAUUCGAGGCGGAAACCCUGCUGGACAAAUACUUUGACCGCACGCAGGGCCACCCGAUCCCCGUGCCCCGAAGCAGGCUCUUCGAAUUCCUCGACCUAAUUGAUCUCCCGCGUCUGCCUUCCGCCAGAGGCGAUACACGAGAUCUUCCCUGCUCAAUCUCGAUGGCACGGUUUCACGUGUAUAUGUCGAUGGCAAUCGCGCUUCGGAUGGAGACGGAAGGUCGCGCGACGACAAUCCAUCUGCUGCAUAAUUGCUACCGGAUGGCGCUGGAGGAGGCGCGUGCGCCGACGUUCUGGACACAGGCGUAUGGGAUCGAGGCUGCGAUGCUGGUUAUGAUCUUUGCGCAGGUUAGUAGUCAGGAGGCGUAA